AUGGCGACGCCAACAGCAGCGCGGGACAUGGAGGAGCGGCUGGCGGAGAUGGCGGGCGGCGUGGGGGAUCGUAUGGCGGCGUUGGAGGCGCAGCUGAGGGAGCAGGGCGACGCCAUGGCUGCCAUGCAGCGCGACAUGGGCGCAAUGCGCCAAGCCAUGGCCCACCUCAUGGAGGCAGCGGAGGGCAUUGGCGCACAGCCGCUGACAUGCGCGGAGGAAAACCUUUUCCCUGCGUUUGAAGCGGAGGGAGCGGAUGGAGCGGAGGAAGCGGAGGAAGCGGAGGAAGCGCCGGAGCAAGUGGCGCAGGUGGAAGCGGCGAGGUGGGAGGUGCAGGAGGCGUCGGGUGAGAUGCCCGGCGGGGAGAUGGGGGCGCUGAAGGCGGAAGUUGCGCGGCUGAGGGGAGCGGCGAAGCGGCAUGAGGAGUACACAGAGGGGCGCAUCAACGACCUGGAAGCGGAAGUCGCAGCGCUGAAGGACUGGCGCAGCUCGUGGGAGCAAAUGGGGGCGGAGAGACGGGAUGCGAAGAGGCGGAAGAGGGGUGAAGGUGGCGCGCUUCUAGAAAAGCGGGAUGACGUCGAAAGGGAGGGCGAGGCGCAGAGGGAUGCAGCGUGCGCUGGGGGAGGAAAGACAUGGGAGGUGAAACCUCACGUAUGCACCCUUAGCUCUCCGUCCUGCCCUCCUUCCUGCUCCUGCCAUCUCCCUGCACAUUUGACCUUACUGCCCUCCUUCCUUCUCUCCUUCCUUCUCUCCUUCCUUCUCUCCUUCCUUCUCUCCUUCCUUCUCUCCUUCCUUCUCUCCUUCCUGCCCUCCUUCCUUCUCUCCUUCCUUCUCUCCUUCCUGCCCUCCUUCCUUCUCUCCUUCCUUCUCUCCUUCCUGCCCUCCUUCCUUCUCUCUUUCCUUCUCUCCUUCCUGCCCUCCUUCCUGCCCUCCUUCCUGCCCUCCUUCCUGCUCUCCUUCCUGCCCUUCUUCCUGCCCUCCUUCCUGCUCUCCUUCCUGCUCUCCUUCCUGCCCUCAUUCCUGCUCUCCUUCCUGCCCUCCGUGGCUGCAGGCACUGCUACGACUGUGGAGCAAAACUCCGUCGGCUUCACUGAAGCGGGGGUGCGAGGGCUCUCCUCGCUCACGGGCCUCACACAUCUGAAUCUACGGGGUACAGCCACAACAGACACAGCGCUUGAAGGCGUUGCCAGGCUGGAGAAGCUUCAAGACCUUAUUCUUGACCGGACCAAGAUAACCGACGCAGGAAUCAUGAAGCUGCAGGGGUUAUCUGCGCUCACGACUCUGUUCCUAGGCGGUUUGAAGGUCACGUCUGCCAGCAUGGCGCAUGUGGGCAAGUUGACAUCGCUGGAACGUCUCACACUGCAUGGCACUGACGUGAGGGAGGACGGGCUGGAGCGCUUGACUGCUCUCACUGCGCUGAAGCUUCUCACUGUGCCUCCAGGAGUGACUGAUUCCGGCAUGAUGCUGCUGCGGAACAUGAAACACUUGGAGACGCUGGGGCUCUGGAAUGCUGAAAUCACUCCCGGUGGUGUGAAAUGGCUCAUCGGGCUGAAGUGCCUCCAAAAAAUUGCAACACAUGCUAAAGAUGUUCAAGAAUGGAUCAGGGACAUACUACCUGAAAUGAUCGUCACACCAGGACCUCUCCCUGGUUGA